AUGUACAGUCCAAAUGACGAAUUCCGACAAAACGAGUCUCUUUUCAACGACGAGACGCUGAAGGCCAAAAACAAAGUGGACUCCCUAAUGGUUCUAGGAAACUAUAAUGUUUACGGGUACGUGGUGAAUGAAACAUCGCCGGGAGGUGAAAAGCUGGCAGCAAAAAUGUCGUUAUUGUUGGAUGCAAUAAAAGCUGAGCGAAUUCAUAAACUUGCACUCGUUUUCGAAAAAACACUGAAUACGGACGCUUUGGAAACAUUUGUUUGGAACUUCGCAUACGGUGAUUCAGUGCUGGCUGAAUUUGAGUCUCCUGGGGGAAAGCAACGUUUCAAAGUCAACUGUCAGGAUAUGAAAGAUACCUGCAGACAAUUCUGCGAUCUUUUCUCCAAGCUACGAAGUGUUCUCAAAAGUUUGGAACCGCUUCCAAAAGGACUGAUUCCCUCUUUCCGAGUUGCUCAUCGAGGAGACAAUGGCGCUAUUGAAGGGUUUGAGCAAGUCCCGGAGUUUGUGAACUUGGAUACAAUCGAACUCGGCAAUGUUCAUUACCCUGCUGAUAUAAAGUUCCAUUUGGCAUAUGCGUCAAAGUUCAAAAAAACAGCCGAACCAUGCGAGCCUCCGUUCGAGAACAACGCCGGUUCUCACAAUAACGUUGACAUGAAAUUAUAUCAAGAUGACAAUGACGAGGAAAUGGAGGUACAUGAUGACCAAAUCGAAACCAUCCGAGAAAACACGAUGGGCCAUCAAGAUGAAGAUGAUGAUUUCCAACAGCCUAUUGAUCACGAAGGAGAUAAUCGCAUAGUUGAAGAACCUGACAACUCAACCAUGGAUGAAGCACAAAUAAAUCCAGUAAACGACGCACCUGCUGAUGAAAUUCAUGAAAGCGGAGAACCAAUGGACGAGGAAACUACUUAUUGUAACCCCAACAUUGGCGAUGAAAUAUCUCACCAGGCGAAAAACGAAGAUAAUGAGAAUUUCCGAGACAAUGGAUUAUCCCCGACUCAUACUAGUCCAGUGGGCUCUAAACUCCGUAAAGACUCGAUGAAGAAAAAGAGGGAGGUGAAAUCGAAAGAGAAGACGUCAAAUGCCAAGAAAUCUCUCUUGCGCAAUAAAAAAGAAGCAAAUCCCCAAAGAAAAAGUUCUCGCCGAAGUAAUCGCAUUAUCGCGUCCGCUCACAAGUCUUCUGAAGCAGAAACUGCAGAGUUGUUACCAGAGAGAUUGGAUGAGAAUUUCGCUGAUAACGUUGAUGUCUGUGCAGAUAACAUUCGGGAGUUUGGACGAGUCAAGAGCGUUUUUGCAAACGAAGAAGCUACGACAGAACAUCCUGAGACCAAACAAGAAAAAAGCAUGAAGGUCUCGGAUCAAUUAACGUCUGCGGAUAAAAGAUAUGGGUCUAGCGCAGUUUUUGGGACUCAGUGUCGCGAAGAACACGAAGAGUCGGAGCCACGUGCUCAUACAACGCCUCCGGAGGACACACCCAGACGUUACGGUCGCAUCUCAAGCAUCCUCAACGAGUCAGGAAUUAUUUCUAUUCGAGAAAAACCCAGCGAUAGUAACCCUCGCGUAACUUCAAAACGAAAGUUCGGUCGUUUUGCGAGUGUUCGUAGUCUCCAAACUAGCAAAGAGAAAGCAGCAGAGGGUCAAGUCAUGCCAAUGUUAGCUCAAAAGGACGUUCAACACGCUGCUGCAAACGAAGAAAAUGAGCAAAUGGAGAUCGGAGACAUGGUAUCUGUUCUUGAUGAUGAAAAUGUCCAGCAACCAGCAGUUGCCAACGAUGAAGUUCGGAUUGAAGCUUCCGCCAGAUACGGGAGAGUUUCCGUCCUAUCAACUGAGACAAAGUUAAAGUACAGCCAAUCCGCUUCUCUUCGACCAAAAUAA